CGUGGCCGCGGCAUGGAGGAGCGGCCGCCGCGCCGCUGAGCCGCCGCCAUGGCCAAGAGCCGCGGGGGCGGCGGGCCCGGCUCGCCCGGCGGGAGCCUGGCAGGGACCCGGGAGAGCUUGGCCGAGCCGGGCGGCGAUGAGCUCAGCUCCCUCGGCUCCGACUCCGAGGUGAACGGCGGCGGCGGCCCCGAAGAGCGGCGCGUCGACAAGUUCGGCUUCAUCGUGGGCAGCCGCGGCGCCGAGGGGACGCUAGAGGAGGUGCCCCUGGAGGUGCUACGGCAGCGAGAGUCCAAAUGGCUGGACAUGCUCAACAACUGGGACAAGUGGAUGGCCAAGAAGCACAAGAAGAUCCGGCUGCGGUGCCAGAAGGGGAUCCCUCCCUCGCUGCGCGGCCGAGCCUGGCAGUACCUCUCUGGCAGCAAGGUCAAGCUGGAGCAGAACAUGGGCAAGUUCGAUGAACUGGACCUGCUCCCGGGCGAGCCCAAGUGGCUGGAUGUGAUCGAGAGGGACCUCCACCGGCAGUUCCCCUUCCACGAGAUGUUUGUCUCCCGUGGAGGCCAUGGGCAGCAGGACCUGUUCCGGGUGCUGAAGGCUUACACCCUGUACCGCCCGGAGGAGGGCUACUGCCAGGCCCAGGCGCCCAUCGCCGCCGUGCUGCUCAUGCACAUGCCAGCCGAGCAAGCCUUCUGGUGCCUGGUGCAGAUCUGUGAGAAGUAUCUCCCUGGCUACUACAGCGAGAAGCUGGAGGCCAUUCAGCUGGACGGGCAGAUCCUCUUCUCGCUGCUGCACAAGGUGUCACCUGUGGCCUACAAGCACCUGAGCAAGCAGAAGAUCGACCCCAUCCUCUACAUGACAGAGUGGUUCAUGUGCGCCUUCUCCCGCACCCUGCCCUGGAGCUCUGUCCUGCGCGUCUGGGACAUGUUCUUCUGUGAAGGGGUGAAGAUCAUCUUCCGGGUGGGCCUUGUGCUUCUCAAACACACCCUGGGCUCCUCGGACAAGCUCAAGUCGUGCCAGGGCCAGUAUGAGACCAUGGAGAGGCUGAGGGCCCUCAGCCCCAAGAUCAUGCAGGAGGCCUUCCUGGUGCAGGAGGUGAUCGAGCUGCCGGUGACGGAGCGCCAGAUCGAGCGGGAGCACCUGAUCCAGCUGAAGAAGUGGCGUGAGGCGCACGGGGAGCUGCAGUGCAAGUCCCCCCCGCGCCUGCACGGGGCCAAGGCCAUCAGCGAGGCCGAGCCCCCCACCCGCAAGGCGCUGGAGCCCGUCCCCUCCAUCAUCGUCCCCCCGGGGCCCGCCCCCGUGCCCAAGGCCCGCAAGAGCAAGGAGAAGAGCCGAGAGAAGAGCCCUGCCGGCCCCACCAACGGCCCCGGGGCCGAGGGCAACGGAGCGCCCGGCUCGGCCCGGGAGCUGCUGCACCCCCAGGUCUCCCCCCACCACCAGUCCAAGGAGAGCCUGAGCUCCCGGGAGAGCGAGGACACCUACUUGUAGGGCCGGCACGGCCAGGGCCCUGCCCCGGGCAGCCGAGCUCAGCUGAGCUGCGCACGGCCCCGGGCUGAAGGACACCCACCUGUGGGGGCUGCGAGGGGACCCGUGGUGCCCAGCGCUGGGCUGGAGGGAUGGGGACAGGCUGGCCGGUGUGGCUCCCUGGGGAUGCUGUCCCCUGCUUGCAGGGGUGCUCCCAGCCGGGAGGUUCAUCCAUGGGAGCUCAGCCAGCUGUGGUGACCAAAAGGGCCAGCUCGGGGCUGCGCUGGGUGCCCACCCCAACAGGGUGCCCACCCCAGCAGGGUGCUGGCAGCACGAGCUGUGGGAGCCUCAGCAGGGGGUGGCUGAGCCACCCGAGCUCCCUCUCCAUGGCUGUGGGAGCCCCUCGGGCCCUUCUCCCUGUCCCAGAGUCCCUCAACCCACCACCUAAGGGUCCCUCCUGCAGCCCUCGACCCUGUGCCAGCCGCACAGACCCGGACCCCAUCCCCGAGCACUCACGCCUGGUGCAGGGGGCCUGGGGGUGCGCGAGGAGCCGGGGGGCUGCCCCUCACCCCCUCCUCUUUAUCUAGCGAGGAUGUAUCAAGCUGUAGCCCUGUAUGUAGUGCCCCAUUUACCUACUCACUGAGCCUAUUUAUUGUUCCUCCGUGGCAGUAACCGUCGCAGGACAGGGACCGAGCAGGAUGCGCCGGAGGCAGCAGGAUUUGAUGCCAGACCACAACCGUGGGGCUAAAGCCCCUCUCCUCCCUCCCCCCAGUUUCCUGAGCUCCCUACAGCUUCCGGGGAGCCUUCACCCCACUGCUGCUACCCACCCGCCCCCACCGAGGCCUCAGCAGAGAUGAGGUGGGGUGGGCAAGCAGCUGGGUGCUCCCCCAGGGCGGGGGCCCCCUCUCUCCCCACUGCCUUCCCCGAGGGCCAGGGGCAGCUUUGUAAAAUAAAGCAGGGAAAGUGGUUUUGUACAAAGGGGUAAAUAAAGCAGGACUGUGUAAAGGCA